ACGCGCGCCUCUAGAUUGAGCUGACACGAGCGUGGGUUUAAAGAAGAUCGGAUUUGGUGGAGCGUGCAGUGAGGUUCAGUAUUGCGGUCGAAAGUCGGCGCUGUUCUGGGUGCACGCUGUGUGUGUGUGUGUGAGAGAGAGAGAGAGAGAGAGAGAGAGAGAUGUGAUUAGAAUCGUAUUGUUGCAGAUUUUUUCGUCACAAGGGUGAUCCAUGCGAUUUCCGACCUAGUGACGCCUUUAGUUGGAACUGUGCUGACGAGAGUACCCAAAUAACUGUAUUAAGAGUUCUAGACAUCUCUCUGGGCGCUGGUCGCGAAUGAUGGUAUUGAAACCCAGUGCCUCUACUGGAGAAUCUGCCUGGCUGUGGAUCUUUCGACAGUUAGAGCUCUUCUUGAUCGAUUCAGUGUGGUUGGAUGAUGGAGAGGCAGUCUACUGCUGAGUGACUCAAAGUAACACUGGUAGAGUACAUGUAAACCCAGUUUCGUGUUCAUUAAAAGAACCCGAUGUCUAGAUUUCAACUCGGUGAUGCGUACCUUAACUCUAUCCUCAGGACAUCUGAGUCGUCUUUCAGUUCCAGAUUGGCAUUUUAGUAAGAAGCUGAGUACCAGCAGCUUGAGCUUACGGCCUUGGAGAUGACUUCUGUAAUGUCCUCAUAGCUCGAUUAUCCAUUUCCGUAUCCAUGAAGGAUCUGUUGUCACUAUAUAAAUCGAUCACACUUCAUGCAUACUGUCUAAAUUGUCUCAUUAGAUCUUUUUAGUAAGGCUUCAUGUUUUUCAAGCUUAGUUGAAUUCUACGUAACCUCUCCAUCGAUCACACUGAGUUUGCGCUUGAAUGAGAGUUCGCAAAAUUAAACAAGCUUGUCCUUUCUUGUUAUGCAAGGAAACUGGUUAUCAUCGAUGAUGGAGUCGGGAAGCAUUGCUAAAGUAUUAUCUCAGGUGAUCGCUGUAGCUUGUAAUUAUGAUCAAGGUCUAGUGACCACACUAGAUUGAUUGAGGCAGCCCCGCUCAGCAAUCCUCAUCAGAGUAUUCAUUCUGCUGCAUAUGCGUUCGUCAAUCGGGAGUAUGCAUGCAAGUGGACAGGGUACAAACUGGGAUUGGUCUUCCAUACUGUAUCAAUUAAGAGAGAAAAUUCCAGGGAAAAAUUAGAGGAGCAAGGCCGCUCAGAGGUUAAGUCACGACCCCUCAAUAUUCACCCUCCAAAAAUGGAACAUUCACCUUCAGUCGACAAUCUCCUGGACAUAUUCUGGGACGUGUCUGUCAAUUUCGCAGACAAGGCAGUGACUUCCUUGUCAAUUGACCAGAGAGCCCCCGAAUGGUCCUUUCAAGAAUUUUUCAAGGAGAGUCUUACCGCCACUCCAGGUCUCGGACCCUCGCGGCCAGCUUGCAAGAGCCGAUUCCUGAUUGAUCAUGCCGAUGUCAAAGAGGGCAAGCCCGAGAAACAGGAUGUUAAGGAGUCGCAUCGCAGCAUGGGAACAGGGGCAGACAAAGAGCCUUUAAUCAGUUCAGGGGAUCUUCAAAUGUAUCCCCACUCAGGCAGCUCAGAUUUUUCGACAUUCAUGGUGACGAGAAGUGAGGAUGUUCGGAUUGUGGAUGACGACGAUCCAUGUGAUGCGGUGGAGGGCGCUCUGAAUCCUUUCUUCUGCGGUUUUCCUGACGUAAGUGAGGGUAGUGCUGCUCAUGCUCGAAUGUCUGGAACCACCAUCGAGCUGAACAGAGAGGAUGGGUUCAGGAAUCCACAAGAAUACGAAUGCUUUCUGAAACAUAAGCUGGAGAUUGCUUGUGCAGCCGUCGCCAUCACUCAGCAUGCAAAGGCAAGUGGAACAAGAGCAGCAGAAGCUAACGUUAAACGAGCGGAGCCAGUAUCUAAAAACCACAAACCUGGAACUCGAGCUCUCAAACGAAAAUCACCAACUGGCGACACUUCUGUUGCAGAAGUGGGAAAGUCUCGACCCAUCACCAGCAGUUCGGAAGUCUCUGAGGAUGAGGAAUAUGGCGAGCAACACGGAAAGGAAGCACCUAGAGACAUUAAGCGCGCUAAGAGAAUGCUUUCAAACCGCGAAUCGGCUAGAAGAUCUCGCAGGAGAAAACAGACUCACUUAAGUAUUCUGGAAACGCAAGUAGCCCAACUGAGAGUUGAGAAUGGCAAUUUGGUGCAAAAGCUCCAGGAUUUUAACCACAAGUUCCACGAAGCGGCAAUUGACCACCGUAUCCUCAAGGCAGAUUGCGAGGCUUUACGUGCCAAGUUGAGCUUGGCUAAACGAGAUUUGAUGGCGAGGCACGGACAAAUCUCUGGUGGGCAACUUUUCGCGGUCACCAGCUUAAGAUACAUGAUGCCUCACGGAAUGCUGCCUGUCGCAGAUGAAUCAGAUCAAUUCAUCCAACAGGUGAAGGGGACGAAUCCUGUGUUACACCAAGAUCACCAACAGAGUAAGGCUAGUCUCGAUAAGAUGGGAAGAACCCCAUCGAUGCAGCAUGUUGCCAACCAGGAGCAUUUGAACAAGCGCAUGCGGAGUGAGGUCUGCUGCAAUACACCCUCCUGGAACAGCUACUAGGAAAUGGAGGGCUCAGUCACGAUGGAGCAACAUGACAUCUAAAGGAUGAACUUUCUGAUUUCAGUGCAAGGCGCAAAGCUUGUUUAACAUUAUUAUGUUCAAUUUAUACUGUCGUUACUCCAAGGCAUCAAAACUUACCAAUGACAAUCGUAAUUACACUUGUCUACAUCAAAUCUCGACUGAUUUGACUGAUCGAAUCUAUUAGCAGCAGGUGCAUACAGUAAUCAGUGUGAUGUAGCACGGACGCGAACGGCAAUUGAAAGGAACGGAGUAAUCUAGUUUUAUUCAAUUGUGAUGACACGACGAAUACACAGAUACAACAGAGUUAUGGAGGCAAAUACUUCCAUCGGUUGUAAACAGAUCCCACAGCUCCUGUCGACACCCCUCCAAGAAUAAGUCAAACAAUCCGCUGGUGAAGUAAUUGAUUGUUCACUUGCGUACUUGGGUUCAUGAAAAA